GCAGAGCCUGCGCGAGGCGUGCGAGGCGGUGGGCGCCGCGCUGGAGACGCUGCACUUCGGCAAGCUGGACUUCGGCGAGACGGCCGUGCUGGACCGCUUCUACAACGCGGACAUUGCCGUGGUGGAGAUGAGCGAUGCCUUCCGCCAGCCCUCCCUCUUCUACCACCUGGGAGUGAGGGAGAGCUUCAGCAUGGCCAACAACAUCAUCCUCUACUGUGACACCAACGCGGAGUCUCUGCAGUCGCUCAAGGAAAUUAUUUGCCAGAAGAAUAAUAUGUGUACUGGUAACUACAUAUUUGUUCCUUACAUGAUAACUCCGCACAACAAGGUGUACUGCUGCGACAGUAGUUUCAUGAAGGGAUUGACUGAACUGAUGCAGCCCAAUUUUGAGUCGCUGCUUGGGCCUAUAUGUUUACCUUUGGUAGAUCGAUUUAUUCAACUCUUAAAAGUGGCACAGGCCAGCUCAAGCCAGUAUUUCCGGCAGUCCAUUCUCAAUGAUAUCAGGAAGGCCCGGACCCUGUACACAGGCAAAGAGCUUGCGGCGGAGCUGGCAAGGAUUCGACAGCGAGUGGAUAACAUUGAAGUGUUGUCUGCUGACAUUGUCAUAAACCUACUGCUGUCCUACAGAGACAUUCAGGAUUAUGAUUCCAUUGUGAAACUGGUGAAAACUUUAGAAAAACUGCCUACUUUUGACCUGGCCUCCCACCACCAUGUGAAGUUUCAUUAUGCCUUUGCCCUGAACAGGCGAAACCUACCUGGAGACAGACAGAAAGCUCUAGAAAUUAUGACUCCUUUGGUACAACAGGAAGACCAAGUAGCUUCAGAUAUGUAUUGCCUGGUUGGGCGAAUCUACAAGGACAUGUUUUUGGAAUCUGGAUUCACAGAUACAGAAAGCAGASACAAAGGGACGUUUUGGUUCAAGAAGGCAUUUGAAUCAGAGCCAACAUUACAGUCAGGAAUUAAUUAUGCAGUUCUCCUCCUGGCAGCUGGACAUCACUUUGAUACAUCUUUUGAGCUGCGGAAAGUUGGGGUAAAGAUCAGCAGCCUGCUUGGUAAAAAAGGGAGCUUGGAGAAGCUGCAGAGCUAUUGGGAAGUGGGAUCUUUCUUGGGGGCCAGUAUGUUGGCUAACGACCACAUGAGAGUGAUCCAGGCUUCAGAAAAGCUGUUUAAGCUAAAGGCACCAGCAUGGUACCUGAAGUCUAUUGUAGAGACCAUUUUGAUAUAUCAGCAUUUUAAGAAACUGAAUCCAGAGCAACAUAUGGCCAAACAGGAACUUGUCGACUUCUGGAUGGACUUCCUUGUUGAAGCCACAAAGACAGAUGUGUCUGUAGUUAGAUUUCCAGUUUUAAUAUUAGAACCAACCAAAAUUUAUCAACCUUCAUAUCUCUCCAUCAACAGUGAAGCUGAGGAGAAGACUGUAUCUAUCUGGCACGUGCUGCCUGAUGACAAGAAAGGUAUUCAUGAGUGGAACUUCAGCGCYGCUUCUAUCAGGGGAGUAAGCAUUUCCAAGUUUGAAGAGCGGUGCUGUUUCCUCUAUGUGCUGCACAACUCGGACGACUUUCAAAUCUAUUUCUGCACAGAACUUCACUGCAGGAGGUUUUUUGACAUGGUGAACAGUAUAACUGAAGAAAUAGGGAAGAAUGAUGAUGGGGAAUGUGAUGGAGACUCUCUGGAGUAUGAUUACGAAUAUGAUGAAAAUGGCGAGCGAGUCAUCCUGGGCAAAGGAACUUACGGCAUUGUGUAUGCGGGACGAGAUUUGAGCAAUCAAGUCCGAAUUGCUAUUAAAGAAAUCCCAGAGAGAGAUAGCAGGUAUUCCCAACCUCUCCAUGAAGAAAUAGCUUUGCAUAAGCAUCUCAAACAUAAGAAUAUUGUCCAGUAUUUAGGUUCCCUUAGUGAGAAUGGCUUCAUUAAAAUAUUCAUGGAACAGGUGCCUGGUGGCAGCCUUUCUGCUCUUCUACGAUCAAAAUGGGGACCAUUAAAAAAUAAUGAGCAGACAAUUGGCUUUUACACCAAACAGAUUCUUGAAGGAUUAAAAUACCUCCAUGAUAAUCAGAUAGUGCAUCGAGACAUAAAGGGUGAUAACGUGCUUAUCAACACUUACAGUGGAGUGUUAAAGAUAUCAGACUUUGGAACUUCCAAGAGACUUGCAGGAAUCAACCCCUGCACUGAAACUUUCACCGGUACCCUUCAGUACAUGGCACCAGAAAUCAUCGACAAAGGCCCCCGUGGCUACGGGAAGGCUGCAGACAUCUGGUCCCUGGGGUGCACRAUCAUUGAAAUGGCCACAGGGAAACCCCCGUUUUACGAGCUGGGAGAACCGCAGGCCGCCAUGUUCAAGGUGGGAAUGUUCAAAAUACACCCCGAGAUUCCUGAGUCCAUGUCUGCAGAAGCCAAGGCUUUCAUACUGCGCUGCUUCGAACCCGAUCCUGACAAACGAGCUUUUGCUCACGAGCUGCUCGUGGACGAAUUCCUAAAGGUUUCAAGUAGAAAAAGGAAGUCUCCAUCAAAGCUCUCAGCUCUUUCUGCUAACUCAAAUGAGUAUCUUCGGAGUAUAUCCUUGCCUGUUCCUGUUCUGGUGGAAGAUACAAGCAGCAGUAGUGAGUACGGCUCCGUCUCACCUGAUACGGAGUUAAAGAUCGAUCCAUUCUCUUUCAAAACAAGAGCUAAAUCCUGUGGAGAAAAAGAUGGAAAGGGAAUCCGGUCCCUUUUUCUGAGCAUCCCAGAUGAGAAUUUUGAAGAUCACAGUGCACCUCCUUCACCUGAAGAGAAAGAUUCUGGUUUCUUCUUGCUGAAGAAAGACAGUGAAAGGAGGGCYACUCUUCACAGGAUAUUGACUGAGGACCAAGAAAAGGUGGUGAGGAACUUGAUGGAAGCUUUGGCUCAGGGAGCUGAAGAGCCCAAGCUGAAAUGGGAGCACAUCACGACACUUGUUUCCAGCCUCAGAGAAUUUGUGCGAUCCACCGAUCGCAAGAUCAUCGCAACGACCCUUUCGAAGCUGAAGCUGGAGCUGGACUUCGACAGCCAYGGAAUCAGCCAGGUGCAGCUGGUGCUGUUCGGUUUCCAAGACGCGGUCAACAAAGUUCUCCGAAAUCACAACAUCAAGCCGCACUGGAUGUUUGCACUGGACAGCAUCAUCAGGAAAGCUGUGCAGACUGCUAUUACCAUCCUGGUCCCAGAAUUGAGGCCACAUUUUAGUCUUGCCUCUGAAAGUGAUACAGCAGAUCAGGAAGAGAUAGAAAUUGAAGAAGACCAGGAGGAACAGCCCCAGAGCCAAGCUGUCCCGCAGCCUUGCAUCGUCAUGGAAGAUGCAGUAGCUACCUCAGGCGUGAGCACGCUCAGCUCCACCGUGUCCCAUGACUCCCAGGCCGUUCACAGGUCGCUGACUGUCCAGCUGGGGAGACUAAAGUUAGAGACAAACAGGCUAUUGGAGGAGUUGGUUCAAAAGGAGAGAGAGUUUCAAGUCSUCUUACAUCAAGCUAUAGAAGAAAGAGAUCAAGAGAUCAAAAACCUGCGUCUUAGGUCACAGCCGAUACAUAUUCCUGGAUUGUCUGUCUGUCAUCGUCAUUCCAGCAGUGCAGGGACCGAAGACCCUGAUCUCAUAAACUGGCUGAGUGUUCAAGGAGCUGAUGAGGACACCAUAARCAGGUUCUUGGCUGAAGACUAUACAUUAAUGGAUGUUCUCUGCUAUGUUACACGAGAUGAUCUGAAGUGUUUGAGACUGAGAGGAGGCAUGCUCUGCACGCUCUGGAAGGCCAUCACUGACUUCCGAGAGAAACACGCCUGACGCUGCCGCCCGUCCCCGCUGCUCUGCGCGGGGGCACGCUCCCCUCGGCACCGAGCGGCGCUGCGCUCGGAAGGACUGUUGCACUUUAAUCCAGUAUUUGUUUACCAGCGUUAGAAACACUGCAGCUUCCUGACUGCUUUCACUCCCACMCCCCCCCAGAAUUAUGUAAACAACCUGCAAUGGUAUUUUACUUUAAAUGUUUUUUACAYGCAAGUUUUUCAAAAAUGACGACAAAAAGAACUUUACAGAACUUUAUUAACUCAUGACCUAUUAAAGUAACCAGACAUGAAUUUCAUAAAAAAUAAUGAUGUAAGAUUUCAUGUGACUGUGCAUCACUGGAACAAAACCAAAAUGUGACGACAACUUCUCAAGUUUAUUUUUCUUUGUAAUAUAUCUCAGUAACCUGUAGAACUUCAUAAUUUCAAUCAYGAUUAGGUAUUUUUCUUUUAGCGUACAAGAUCUAAAAGU